AUGAUUUCCACCAUUCCUCCACCCCGUCCAGCGUCUGUAAACUCCUCCGUGAUACUCCUGCCAUCCCCGGUGUCUGUCCCUAAACCGACAAAUAGACUUCCGAGAGAAAGAUUUAAAAAUAAGGAGGAUGUCGUCAACUCAACACAUUCGCUCACUGCGUCACUUGAGCGCCCCCCGGGCAUGGACCUUGAAAUGGGGGGCUUGGAGGAUUGCCCGGGGUUUCCGACUCGCACAAGUUCAUUAGGGAUACAGUUCAAAGACUUGCCGAUUGAAAUCCACGAGGCUAUCAUAGAUCAUCUAUUCGGCGAGCGAAUGUCUGGGUCGACUCUCGUGACUCACGGACGACCAGACGCUCGCAGUUGGAUCAGGUCUCUUCGACACCCCAGGCGGAAGGUUCUCUCCAAUCUUGCCCUGAUAACACCCGCGUGGAGAGACUUAGUCCAGGAGCGAAUAUACAGGCACAUUAAGGUUAAAGGGACGACAGACGGCCUGGCCGAGUGCGAAGAUUGGUUUCGAAGCAAUCCCCAUCUUGUAUGCCACGUUCGGCAUAUCGAGUACUGGAUACCGGUUUGGGGUAAUAGAGCCCAUAAGAACGUUGCGCCACAUCUCCGCGAGGUACCGCCAAUCCGGCGAUAUUUGAAUGAAGACGCGGGAUUUUUUGGCUUUUUACCGGAGACGGUGCCAGACUGGGAACUCUCAGAUAACAGGAGCCGUAGCCUGAGCAAUUUCACGUUCCACGUAGCAAGCCAUAACGCAAGUCUAGAGGAAAUAUUCCGACAUGUGAAAGAUCUGUUCUCUGAGGCCAGGAUAUUGACAUUAGAGGCCGGGCACUGCAAAAAGCCACCGUUAAUCAAACACUUUGCCGCCGACACAUCAGGCUUAACGGGGAAUCAUCAUUUGGAGCAGCUCCCUAAUAUUAGAACUCUUUUUAUGCGUGGGGCGUGGAAUAUCAUGCGAGAUUACAGGCAUUGGAUUACGAUAUCGGAAGCUCUACCUUCGCUACGAGAGUGGCACUGUGCCUAUGCGAAACCAAAAAUAGAGGGCUAUCACACUAUCUGCGGGGCAUUGUCGACUUUGUCCUCAAGCGUGGUACAUUUGGAUAUUUGCUUGGAAGGAUUUCAUAGCAAGGAGCAGUCACACUGGCUUAGCUCAAAAUUCGGGCAUCAUCAUUUAUGUCGGCUACUUGGACAGAUCGCACCUCGGUUAGAACAUCUGACAUUCACUGGAUACGUUUGCGCAAGCCUCUUUAGCACCGCCAGGACGACCAUCCUCGAUCGUCCACAAGAUGCUCGACUUCGAUCCGUGGAUCUUGUAGUAAAGACAUGCUGCAGGGAUGCCGACGACGAUUUACUGUCUCCACUACUGGAGGAGCCGCCGAGCAUAACUAAUAUGAAGUUUAUUGAGUCAUUUGAGAAGCUAGUUAUUGGUGGCGUUCGCUGUCUGGACACGUACCUUGAUCUUUCCUACAUUCGAGUCCGUUUCAUCGAUCUCGACUCUCCUUGCGCAGUUCUCAACCCGUACUUUCAAAUGGUGGACAACAAAUGCACAGGCAUCUGGAGUCCCGACAUUAUCGCAACCCUUGCUCAAGUACGACCGACGGCCCACUUCGUCGAAUUAGCCGAUGGUAUUUUUACUCAGUAUGGUGCGAACAACGUUAUUAUCGGGGCUAUUUAUCCUCGCACCAGGCCACUGAGCAUCAAUACGAACACUUACAAAAUUCUAUCCGAUGCUGCCAAAUCAUGA